GAGAGAGAGGGGGAGGGAGAGACGGAGAGAGAGGGGGAGGGAGAGCGGCAGACAUGGCGGCGGUGCGGCCUGGGCUCUUGCUGCUGCUGCUCAAGGCGAUAUCGGUGUAUGCCACAGAGUUAACGUCGGAAGCAUGCAGAGACCUGGGCUUCUCCAGUAACCUGCUAUGCAGCUCGUGCGACUUGCUGUCCCAGUUUGGGCUCGACCAACUGGACCCUGGCUGCAAGCGCUGCUGUCAGCUUGAGGUGGAAGAGUCUGCUCUGAAGCUUUAUCCUGGAGCAGUUCUUGAAGUGUGUGGAUGAAAACUGGGCCGGUUCCCACAAGUCCAGGCAUUUGUGCGGAGCAACAAGCCCAGCACGUUUAAAGGUCUAACGAUCAAGUACGUGCGCGGUUCGGACCCCGUGCUGAAGCUGCUGGACGAGAGUGGGAACGUGGCCGAAGAGUUGAGCAUCACCAAGUGGAACACGGACAGCGUGGAGGAGUUUUUGUCCGAAAAACUGGAGCGCUUGUAACACCGCUGUGCAUCGAACACAUCCAUCUACCCUUGUGUCUUAGCCCAACAUCACGCGUGACCUUUAUCCAUAACGUGAUUCACCGUGUCCCUUACAGUGACAUACUGCGACCGGGACCGACACUAAUAUGCCCUUAGCGUGACUGAGAACGCACGUUUGACCUUUGCCUGUAACCGAAACAUGACCUUCAUUCUCAAGCUUAACCAUAGCCAAGCUUUCUUUGUCUGUUAACCACCGGUUAUUGUCCCCACCCCCUUACAUUUCGUUAUUUAAGCCACAGCACGUUUUGGUAGUCAUUCGUGCAAUUUACAAUGUAGAUUUCACUUGGAUAACUGUUGAAUAAUUAUUUCGUGUUCCAAUUCCAUGCUCCAUGUUAAGCGUUUGAAAGCAGUUACUGUAUUCUUAGCUCUUUCGGUAAAGUCACGUAUUUGAGGAACGUAUUUUGUAGUUUAUGGUUUAAAAAAAUCUCAUUCCAUAACUUGUAUCUCAUUUUUUGUUGUUGAAAUAGAGGGGUAAAAUAGAUGUGUUUAUUGGGAGUUGUUUUUUUAUUGCAAAGUAUACCAAAAAGUGAAAAAUGAUGAUGGUACGUGGAUGGUGAUGUGGUUGGCAGGUUAAUGACAUCGCCGCCACUGGGAUGUCACUGCAUGGGUGGCCUUGUAUGAAGGCUGUGCAUUAAAACCUGCCAUGGUCUGGUGCAGCCUGAGAGUUGUGGUCACCCAAGCCUGACCCGGUAGUCACAUCGCUACGCCCCGGCUCUCUCACACACUUCUAUCAAAAAAAUAAAAUUUGCAAUUCAG